CGGACGGUCGCUAACGUUCUUACGCGAUUUGUAUCAAAAUUUUACGCCCUUAUCACAAACAACUUAGUGAAAAGUUUAAAAUUAUGACUUAAAAUACAAUCUAAGUCGACCUAAAAGAAAACUUAAGUGUUUCAGCGAUCUAAUAAAGUGAACACUAAUUUGAUUAAAGCAAGUUAUUUUUUUUUAAUGUUUUGUGGAGUGCUUAGUGGGUUGAUCAAAGUACCUUUUAUAGCAGGAUAGCUUGACAAAGCGGUACUUUGUGGAGGAUUGGAUGCCACCAGCGAAAAAGGAUUGAUCCGCCAGUUACUCAGACUGAAUACCAAAUGGAGAACAAAAAAAAUGUCACAGCAACCCAACAACCUCUCACACAACAGCAUCUCAUGGCGCAUCAUGUCCACCCCGACCAAAUAUACACUCCGCAACAAUCACAGUUACCUGCACACAUAAACAACCAGUCUGCGCAAAUUCAGCCGAAUGGCGUCAUGCAUCAGUUAUUGCAAAGUCAAUAUCAAUCGAACAUGAACGCACGAUCGCCGCUCCUAGAGAACAGGCACGAAAUAUAUGGCACCGGACAUAAUCACGAUUAUGCGAGACAUUACGGAGCUAACGACAAUUAUAAUUAUCCACAAUCACCACCUCGGCUCGAAAGAACAGAAAUCCAUACAGAUCACAAUGUAAAUCACGAAUUACUGCAUAAUAUGCCUAAAGGAUACAACGCAGAAGUGUAUCAAGACUAUUUAAAACGUAACCCACCGAAAGAUAGUAACCAAAUAUAUCAAAACCAUCAACCUAAUGUAAAUCAAUAUAGACUUAAUGUUAAUCAGUACGGCGCGAAGCCGUAUCUACCUUAUUCAAAUAGAAUAGGGCCCCAAAGUAACACUGAGUUAUUAAGAAAACAAUACAAUGAAAUUCAACAAAUGAAAAUGCAGCAUCAAAUGCAUUACCAAAAUCAGGCGCAAAUGCAUCAACAGCAAAAAUUUGCGGAACGGCAACUGCUACUGCAACAAAUUCAUGGUGUUCAACCACCUCCCAACUUACAAAAUAGUAUAUACUCAGACAGUUCUUACAGAGAUUUAGAUCGAUAUAGUAGUAAAAAUGAUUUUAAGGAGUACAGCAGCACGGACUUGUCAAAAGACCUAGACAGGUACGCUAAGAAUAAUGAAUAUAAGGAUCUACAGAAUAGACAAUAUCACGAGACUCAUUGGCAAUCAAAUCAAAGUGAUUUCCGAGACUUAGAUAGGCAAAGACAAGAACAAGAUAAAGUAAUAAGUAGUUCUCCACCGUCAGACUAUAACAACCAAAGGAAUGCCGAUAUGAUUUCACCUAUGAAAUCAAGUGAGUCUAGUACGCCUAGUAUAAAGUCACCUUCGUCGGACAGUCGCCGCAGUAGUAGUGGCACGCAGGCGUUACGAUCUCCAUCUGCCCAACGUAUACCUUCAGCUCCCGUCACUUUAUCUGGAAUGCUUUACAAACAAGGCUCGGAUGGUCUUAAGGUUUGGCGCAAGAGGUGGUUCGUUUUAUCGGAAUACUGUUUAUUCUACUACAAAAGCCAAGAUGAAGAAAAACUCCUAGGAUCCGUCCUAUUGCCUUCAUACAAAGUCUCGGCGUGUACGGCAGAGGAUAAAGUGAUGCGGAAGUUUGCUUUUAAACUGGAACAUGCAAAUAUGAGAACAUACGUGUUAGCUGCGUUAGAUCAGGAAGCUAUGAUGAAAUGGGUGAAGGCGCUCACAUUGGCAGCCCUUAUGCAAACAUCCAAUGAGCAGCAACAAAAACAAAAUGAUCGGGCAGCUGCAAAAACAGAGGAUGGCGAUGAGGCAGGCCCUACGUACGCAAAUGCUCCACCUAAACCAAGGCGAGCCAACGAUGGCUAUAAUUCACCCAGCCCUGACAUGUAUGAUCCAAAUUAUGAUCUACUCAAAAAACCUGCAUCACACUACAGUCAAGCCACUAGUCACACUCGAUAUCAAGACACAACCUACAGCACAAAACAGGAGAUUUACACAAGCAGCCCGCAAUCACCACCCAUGCAAAUACCGUACCAAACGAACAGACCUUACGACAUGCAGCAACUUUCUCUACCUUUAACAAAAACAGCUUUCGAUGAUCCUAAUAAAACUCCAAACACUCCAUCUAUGAAUAAAUCUAAUCCUCAAUCCCCUUAUUUUGAAAAUAGGUCUAGAAAUCAGCAGCAGAAAACGCAAGAAGACAAAAUUGAAAACUUAUACGAAAAAAAAUCCAGUUACAAUCCCUUUCUGCAAGAUUAUGAAGGCAGAGUUGAACAGAAUGUGAAAAGUGAUGAAAGAAAUAGAGCUGGCCUAGAAUCAAAUAAAACAUUGAUUUAUAACGAAAGUUACCCUGAAUCUAGAACCAGCUCAAAAACAUACGUUGAUUCAAAUUUAUAUGGGCAAGAGGUGUAUGGUGAUGUAAAUAUAAAAGCUAGUAAAACGAGUACAAUGAAUGAACGACUGGCUGAAAGACGGACUCCUGAUGCCUAUGGCAGAUCAACAGCUAUGUCAGCAUACAAUACUGAAAAAAUUGGAGACUAUGAAGAUAUUUAUGCAGCAUAUGGAAAUGAAACCGGUAAAACAUACGCUAAAUCACCAAAUCCAUCGCAAUCCCGAGACACGAUUAGUUUAUCUAGCCACAAAUCACCGCAAGAUCAACCUACUAACUCCGUUCCAGAGAAGACAUUUAGUGGUCCAUCAGUCUUACGAAGGAAAAAAAUGCAGGCAAGUGGUAUUCAACCACCAAUGCCACGCCCCCAUAGUGCAGAUUUUCUAGAGUAUGAAUCUAAAAAUGAGGCAUUUUAUAAAGUAACGCCAGCUUGUAAUACGCUUGAGCCAUCCAAACAACCACCACGUCCAAAAUCUAGUCUCGAUAUUAACUCCUAUUAUGAUCCAAGUUCAGAUAAAUAUUAUUCCGAAGAGAGUUAUGCACAAAAAAUGCGACAAUCAGCACAAUAUUUGCAACAACAAGGUCUAAGGCCAAAAAACAUACAAAUACCUUUAGAAAAAUAUGCAAGUGGUCUUGCUGAGAAACAAUUACAUUCACCCUAUACUCCACCCCAUAACAAUAACUAUGAAACUGAAUUCAGUAACAAUAGGAUUAUUCGUGAUAAUGUUAGUUAUAAUUCGAAAUAUAGUGACAUUGAAGGAUUGCAUUCUAAUUGGACGUUAAAGGAAAAAGAUUUAGAAAAUCAAAAAGAUUAUUUAAACAGAAGUGGUAGCGUAAUGAGCGAUGGUUCACAUAUCAGUGCGUAUGUGAAGGACGCUGGUAAAUUUGAUCCAGGGAUUGAAGGAUUUAUGAGAUCGGCUAGUGCAAGGCUGCCAUCAUCUGUAGAACGAGAAGGAGAAAAGAAAGUACAGCAGCGCGAAGAGUCUAUGAAAAGGUUGCUUGAGUGGAAGCAGAGAAUGCUUCAGUCUCCACUAACUAGGAAGAGUACUCCAGCUGCUAUUUCUCUAACUAGGUCUUUGAACCAAAGCCGCCAGUCAUUGAGAUCUGAUCAGUAUAAACCUAAAACGUAUAAAAAUGCUUCCUAUAACAGCUAUUCUUCGGACGAUGAAGAAGAGACACCGGGCACUGAUCUGCAAAAUACGAGUGAUAAGCAGGCAGGAAGGUCCCAUAAAGUAAAUAACGCAAGUCCAUCCUUUACGCGACUGAUCUCUCCGCACGCGCUUAGCUCUCCUUCACUUGCAGAACAUAAUCCCACUAAAGAUACUGAAAUCUCGAAAAGCACAGAAAAUGUGUAUGAAAAUAUAUUUUGUGCCAUUUCAAUCCCUAAUGUAGUAAACGACAUUAUUGACAAUAGCACAUACGAUAAAAAUAUAAGCUGCGUUUUUUCUAGUCAAAGUUCAAAGGUAGUUGAAAAUCAAGAUGGAUUAUCGAAUGAAAUAGAGGAAGAUGGUUAUGAAACACAGAAUAGUGAAGCAGAAUCUGAAACUCAAAUUGAAUAUACUGAUAAUGAUUUAGAUGAAGUGUUAUUAGCCUCAGAUAAUGAAAUUGAGAACCAAGGAGGGAGCAAUGAAGGCAAAUUAAACAUGGAAAAUAUAAAAAUGGAUGAAAUAGAAACAGACAUGCCACUAGAAGCGCUUUCAGUCCGCACUUUAGGUGAAGAUCAUUAUUUACCUAUGAGCCCGCGAAAAAUGUCAGCAAUUGAGCCUGCUCAUAAAACAAUAUUAGAGAAUUUAAGCGUCUUUGAUCAUACAAUGCCUGUAACUUACGAAGAUAAUCCUUAUGUGGAAAUGAAUUUGGGGAUUGAAGAAGAUGACAUGCAGACAUAUGAAAUUGUUUGUGUAAAUAAUGGUAAAGCGGAACCUGUUUAUAUGGAAUUAAACCAUGUUAUGUCGGAAGAAACAACCCCUGAGGAUAAAAAGGUUGAUUGUAUAGAUACAGCAUCAAAUUUUGCAGAUACUAAAGAACAAACCUUGAAGAGAAUAUCCAAGGCAGAUAAAAAUACUAAGGAAAAAGCAGAAAAAUCUGAUCUUGAAGAUGAGAAUUCUAAAGAUGUAUCACUUGAUACACCCUUUUCUAGAUUUAGUAUUUCAGACAAUUUUCGACCUGCAUCAUAUUAUCUCAGUGGUAGUAGAACUAUUUUAGAUAGACAAGAUAGUUCUGACAGUGAUAUUCUCCCUCCGCCGCCUAUUCCAACUUCACCACCACCAUUUGACAACAAUAUAUUAGAUGAAGAACUCUCGAAAUAUAUUUUAGACAAACUAGACAAAUCUGAUUUGGCCCAAGAUAAUUCCAUAAUUAAAAUGUUGACUAGUGAAAAUCAAAAUCUAAAUAAAAUGAAAAGAAAGACAACGUCUUUAAUGAUAUACGGAAGUCGUACUUCAAUUCAUGAUACACUUACCCGGGGUGAAAAAGUUCGCAGCAGUAGAGCAAGCUUGACACAAGAAAGAAAUAAAGUCAAUGAUACACCAAAUAGUGUGCUUAAUACCUCUAUUAUAGAGCAAAAUGUAAUACACUGCAAUGAAACAGAUUCUUUGAGAAGUUAUAAUGCUGAUAAAGGCUCAUCUAGGUUAUCAGUAGAGUCCGAUACUAGUAGUAGAUUUGAAAUGGCUCCUUCAAACAUUUCUUCUGAAAUUACAAGUUUGGUAGGAUCUGACUCAAUGGUUGAGUUAAGACACCCAUAUGAAGCUUACAGUUUUGAAACUGUUAUGAAACGCAGACCUCUUUCUGAUGAUUCAAUAUUUGAGCUGACGGAAUCCGAAAAUGUGGAUCCACAUACAAACUCUUAUAACUCUAACUUUGAAGAAUAUUUAGAAACUUUGGAAACAUCAAGAGCUGAAGUUAAUAUUAAGAACAAUAAUACGAAUACUUCUAUUUUACCAGCAGCUACAAGCAGUCCUUUUAUAAAUAAAAAUAAUUCUUUGGAACAUAUUCAAAAUAGACAUAUGCGUUCUUCAAGCAACUCUGAUAACCAAAAUGUGAUAAUGCAUUCGGACGAAGAUAGAAAUAAUACAGUAAAUACAUUUAAAUAUAAUAAUCAUGCUUUUGAUUACUUAGGAUCACAAAGUUCUUGCAGUUCAACUGGAUUGCCAACAUCACCGUUAUCAUUUUACAGUAAGAGUUUUAACAGAGAUACAUUAAAAAAGAAAAACUUGAAUAGUGAUAUCAUGGCCGAUAAAAUUAAAGAAUUUGAAAGCGAAAAACAAAAUUUCAGGCAUAGCAUUGAAACACCAGUAUCUUCUACAACAACUGGGUUUCACAGUAGGGAAAGUUCAGCUGAGCAUAGUGCACCUUAUUAUUAUUCAGAUCUUUCCUCACAAGAACAUAUUAAUGUUCUGCCUUUGUCACAUUAUUUGAAAAAUACCAAUAUUCACCGUAAAUUGAAUAAUCAACGUCGAAGGGGACCAAUGCACAGAAAGAAUGAAAUUUCACACAUUCAUAAUCCUAUACGUGAUAAUGAUGUUUUAAUAUCAAGUCAACCUUUCGAUUUAGCUACUUCAUCUAGAAGCGUUUCAGUUGAAUUCUUAAGUGUUGUUGAAAAAACCCCAGAUAUUGACUUAAAAAAUAUAUACGAAUCUACGAAUAUCAAAACAUCUAAAAUACCAGAAUCGAUGAAUUUGAUAUCUAGCCUUGGGUGUAAAAAGAGCCCAAAAAAUAAAAAUUGUGAUCAAAGCACUUUCUUGGAAGGGAAUAAUUUAAGUCAUAAUGGAAUACAUGGUAGCCCUUCACUUAAAGUUUCUUCCGGCAGUAUGUCGUCCCAUUGUAGUGGAAAUUCAUCAAAUACCGUGUAUUAUGACGCCGAAACAGAAACUAGUGCUUAUGAGAAUGUUUUGUACCAAGGGGAGAAACAUUGGGAUGAAGACAUUUUGUGGAGAGAUAAUUUAAGACGAGUUUCACAUAGACAUGCUCGUUCUAUGGACGAUUUAGACACUAUGCCUGUUGAACGUACAAUAGCGAAUGGAUCGUUUGGAAAUGCAUCUGCUUUGAACAGUAUAAAGCGCGUUAAAAAAAAUAUCCACGAGAGAAGUAUAAAAAGCGUGACUUAUGUUAAUUGUGAUAUUCAAGGGCAAAUUCAAAGAAACCAAGACUGCAACACCCUUAAAAAAAUAAAACAAGGGCUUAAUGAAGAAAAAAAUGAAAAUGAUGUUUAUGUCAGUCUUGUACAAGAAUCAGAAAUAGUUAACGAGCAAUGUGAUGAAGGAGCUUACGAACAAUUAACUUUGGGUUCUCCAGAAAAUUUACUUGCGGUACAAGACUUAGCAUGUAAUUCUCAAAUAAAUCAGGUGACGAAUAGACGAAAGUUUGAAAUAGAUAGGGAGAAUCUACGGCAGUGGGAUUUAAUGUCCAGUGGUUUAAUGAAAAGUGAGGUAAGGCGUGUGCGGAGUGUAGUUGCAGGAUUGGGCACAAGUGCACCUCUGUGUAACAUGGAGGCAGACAGUGCAAGCAAUGAAGGUAUCCUAUAACAUAAUAUGGCCCUAUAAGGUACAAGAUCUUCUAUGACAACGUCAGGCACAAAUAUAGAACCCGGCUCAAAUAAUAAUAAUAAUAUUAAUAAUAACCAAAUAAGCCAGCAAACUUUGUCAAAGAAAGCAUUUCUCGGAAGUAACACAUCGAUUGGAAGGAG